AUGGGAGAUCGUGUUUCUGGUAAUAUAGUUAAAGUAGAAAAUGAAAUUUAUUACGUUGAUUUCCUACAUAACAAACCCAAUCUUAUUAACGAAUGUUGCGAAUUAAUUAAUUUGGAAUGGAAAAGAAGUUUCGUCGCAAGAAAAAGGAGUAUCGAAGGCUCAUGCAAAAACUUUCCAAUGAGUUUGAUUUUAUUAACAGUAACAAAAAAUAAACCCAAAGUUGUAGGUCACUGCAAGAUUUCCAAGUUACCAUUUUCCAAAACCAAAGUUUUUAUACAAACAGUUGUAAUUCAUCCUAGUCUAAGAGGGAAAGGAUUAGGCAAAUUUUUAAUGAACGAAAUUGAAAUAUUAAUGAAACUAAAAAAUAUAGAAUGGCUUUAUUUGUCCACAUUGGGACAAGAAGGUUUUUAUUAA